AUGAGAUUUUUCAACUUCAGCAACCACCCCCACACCGGGGCCAACAGCUCUCUGGAAUCUGGCUCUCUGAACCAGUCCAAGAAGAGCUUGGACUUGAUCAAGUCCACAAACUCCAGUAAGACUUCGGUCGGUCAAAGCUCUUCGAUUCAAGGCUUGUGUCCCUCGACCAAGCUUCAGUUCCCCGGGACUGACUUCUCCCGCUUCGAACAGCUUCAGACACCCAAGUCCUACUCCAACCACAAACACAAUGCGCCUCUCUCAAGAGGCGUUUUCAGAAGAAGAGGUGACAACACUCAGUCGCCCGCUGCAUUUGCAUCCAUCGGGGACGCCCCAACCUCCCUUCUUCACGACGGUACCUUCAGAAGCCCAGAACUCCCUCUGAAGCCCACCUUACACAAACAGGCCAAGUCUUCCCCAACCAAGCCUGUUUCCCACAACACUUCCCCAACCAAGCCCUACGUUGAGCCCCUCCACCCUCCAUACAUCGAGGACACUCCUGAGCCAAGCCUCCACUCCCCAGAGGUUUGUGUUCAAGUGGGAUGCCGCAAGGUCCCCGGAUACGCUGCCAGCAUCCCCGAGAUCCGCAAGAAUAUUCCUGACGUAGAGAAACUCACUCUUUUCCAGGCCCUCCGUUUUGCCCAGACGACGGAGAAGCUCCCUAUUCUUAAGGAGCUCGUCAAGCAGGUUGCUACCACUGAGUAUGUGAACACACCUCGUAUCCAGAGCCUGAGGGUCGAUGCCCUCCUUGCCGAGUCCCACAAGGAGUCAUUCGUCCAGAGGUUUUUGGAGUUGGCUGAAACUAAUGCUGGAGAUUACGUUGAACCAGCGAUCUCCAGUCAUCCCGUUUCCGAUGCUCCAGCUUUCAGACCUCGCGAUGCUACGGUCACAUUCCUGGCUCCCUGCCACAACAACCACAACGACGACGUGGAAGUUGAAAAGAAGGACUCUCGCUGCCGCCGUAUUGCCUCUGCAAUCGGCCGUAUUUCCCACCGCUGGUCGGCUCGUGCCAAGGUUUUCAGAGAGCACUGGCGUGAGAACAGAGAGUUGAGAGAAACCAAGAGCAAGAUCAAGAGAGAGAUCAAGCUCGAGAAGCGCAACAUCAAGAUGCUCGAGAGAGAGAAGCAGUUGGCUGAUUUGGAAGCCCGCUUGCUGGAGGUUUCUCACAAGCGGAAGCAAGAGCACAAGGACCACAAGCAGGCUGAGUUGCAAAGACAGAUUGCAGCCAAGCAGGCUUCCAACAGACGCAAGUUGGAGAUGCUCGAGUACCAGGCCGUUGUUGCCAAGGCCAACAGAAAGGUUGCCCGCAAGUACAAGCAGGCUGAGGCUGCUAAGGAAGCCGAGGAUGCUAAGUACGCUGCCUACCUCAAGGCCAUGAAGCCCAAGCCCCAGCCCCAGCCCCAGUCCAAGAAGGUUUCUCCCCAGACCUCCAAGGGCCACAAGCCAGGCUGCAAGAAGCCUUCUCCUGUGGAACCUCAACCCUACCAGGGCCUCAACGCAAGAGAGAUUGAAGCCAACCCAUGGCACCUCACCGGCGACUCGGAGCUUCGUGAAGCCAUUGCUCGUGAGAGACCAGUUCUCGGCGUCAAGCCCAAGAAGACCGCCAUUGGGUCUAGGGUUGUUUCUGUGGCACCCACUGUUCACUCGAACGAAGUCUUGCCAGAGCACGUUUUCGUUUCCACGCCACCCAAGCCCAAGGCCGAUGCCGGCUUCUACAUUCAACCUAUUCGCGUUGAAGCUCCUCCGCCACCUAGGCCGGAGGGCAAGCCUGUUUGGGAGAGAGACAGCUACAAGGCUAACCGUGAGAAGUGGAAGGAUGUGAAGAAGCUUCGUUACAUUCCCGAGGACUCCGAGCUCACGGGAAUCAAGGGAAAGCUUAGAAACGUUGGUUUCGAUUUCUGGAACUGA